UCCUGCUAGCGGGAGUUAACAGUUCAGCUCCACACUCCUGCUAGCGGGAGUUAGCAGUUCAGCUCCACACUUCUGCUAGCGGGAGUUAGCAGUUCAGCUCCACACUCCUGCUAGCGGGAGUUAGCAGUUCAGCUCCACACUCCUGCUAGCGGGAGUUAGCAGUUCAACUCCACACUUCUGCUAGCGGGAGUUAACAGUUCAGCUCCACACUUCUGCUAGUGGGAGUUAGCAGUUCAGCUCCACACUCCUGCUAGCGGGAGUUAGCAGUUCAGCUCCACACUCCACCGCGCCGGAAUCCAGUUCGUGUUUUUUUGCGGCGCGUUCACACUAAGAGGAAGUGCAGCUCCUGAACAGCUUCUACUGCAACAGUAGAAAAUCUACUUCACAGCGAGCUGUGGUUGGUCAGAUAACCGAGCAAAUACAUAUUCAGCGAAGUAUUUAUAUAUUUUCCUCGGAUCGAAGAUUUCGAGGGACAGCUUUUUUAAAACAACUCUGUAUAUUCAAACCGUUUGAGAACCGUUGAGUGCUUUGAGGUUGUAAGGAUUUUGUGAACUAUGCUGGACGGCCGUGAACAGUUUGAAGCCUUUUUCAGCAACUCAAAUGCGGAUGCGUCGCGCUAACAGCUGAGUCGGGGACUUGAAGAUGAGAAGCCAGAACACCAAGAGUUUCUUUCCUUUCUAAAGAACUUUCUGAAAGCUGGAUGUGUGUCAGUGUGUGGGAUUUUAUCAGCGGAGGUUUUGGUCUUGAAACAGGCUAACAGCGUCGACAUGAAUAUUUAGUUUCGCUAACUGUCGAGCGAGCUAAGAGGCGGUUAUCGUUUUUGGAUAGCCAGCUAAGUGAGUUAGCCAUGAAAAUGAAGUUCCGCAAGAGUUAGAUUUGUGGUUUGCAAGGUUUGUUCGCCAAAGCCAGCCGCAUUUCUUUCUUUGAGGCUGAACCGUCGUAGGUCCGUUUUACAUAUGCUGACACCGACCAGUUUGGAAGUAAACGGUAGCACUUAGAAGUUGUAUUUAGUCGCAUUAAUUGUUGGUGAGAGUCGCGAAGCGAGCUAACAUCGAGCUAAUUUCCUUUGGAGCGCCCCCUCACCCUUCACCAGGUAGUCACUCGUAAAGCAAUAAUACAAAACCAUGUAAUUAGUUUCCCGCUGCGUAGCGUUCAGUCCAAAUCCACUUUCUACUGUUGCUGCUGAUGGGUAUGUGGCAGAUUUGCACAAGGGUGAGAAUGCGGGGGUUGUAAACUUUUAGCUACGAUUUGACACUGCAUAUUUUAAACUGUUUGCUCGACAGCCUGUGAGAUUCAUCUGUAUUGUAAAUAUAGAGCUAUCUCGUAGAACGGGAUAAACUCAGAUGUUAGAUGUGACGGCACCUUUCUCUGUUGUCGAGCAAAAAAAAUGGAGGAGCGAUAGCUGCCGUUGAUGGAGCUGCUAUCUAGUGCUGCAUUUGAGAAAAAAACAGUUAAAGCCUCAGCAGUGAUAUAUAACUAGAUAAACAGGCAGCCCACACGCCUGCUUGGCUAGUUUUCAGAGCCGGAUAUAGGGAGCUAGCGUGUUAACCAGCUCGUCGAUAGCCAUUAUUUUAUCUUGUCAACAAGGUCUGGUCGGUAAAGCCGUAGAAAUCGACCAUUCGGUUCAUCUUGGCCAGAGAGGUGCACUGGGAGACAGAGAAGCGUGUUUAAGAAGCGCGUCGUUUCACUGGUAAAAUAUCUGUUUAGAUUUAACCGAAAUUGAAGCGAAACAGCGUUAGCUAGCUCCCAGUCGUCGCCCAUUUUCAUAUUUUUUUUUACUCCUUCUAAGUGAGCUGGUUUGUUAUUUACCAGUUGAACUGUAAACACGGCGUUUGUAUAUACAGGUACAGGUCUUAUAGUUGUUGUUUUAACGUGUGCGUUAUUUUACACCUCCUGUGUUUAGGUUUUAUUGAAGGCGAGCCGCCCGUUCCGGAGCCGUGCCCGGGUUACGGCUCGCUUACCCGGGCUAGCUGGAUUAGCCAGCUAACAGCAUUCUGAUGUGUGAAUUUACGUUUGAACACUUGGCUCGAUUUUGACAGUCUUAACCAGCAGGUGGGUUCUCGCAAUACGCUCACUGCAAGGGGUGGGGGGCCGAAAGGGAAAAAUUGAAUAAAAAAUAUUCCUGUAAUAUCUAGGUAGGAUUGGAUUGGUUGCACUUGCGUUCACGCUGCAGUUUUUACAGUUAGAAAUCCCACCGCAAAUCAACACUGCUGCUCACAGUAGAGACUGUGUUUCCCUCUUCGCAUCAGUCUUGUGUUAUUUGUUAGAAUGACUGGUUUGUGAAGAUCGGCGAAUCGAGACGGAAGAAGACGGACGGGCUUGAUCGAUGCUCGCCCAGGACUCCCGCACUGCCGCCGUGCUGUUGGUUUUGUGUUGAUUAGCCCGCUGGUUUUCGCGAUUUCUUUGUGUCCGUAACAUUCCCGCGGCUGUUUCUGCAUCGAUUCGAUUGAGCCACGGUUGAAGAUGGCGGACCUAGAGGCAGUUCUCGCCGAUGUCAGCUAUUUGAUGGCGAUGGAGAAGAGCAAAUCGACUCCAGCGGCCCGAGCAAGCAAGAAAAUCAUUCUCCCUGAACCCAGUAUUCGGAGUGUGAUGCAGAAGUACUUGGAAGAGAGAGAUGAGCUCACUUUUGACAAAAUCUUCAACCAGAAGAUUGGGUUCCUGCUGUUCAAGGAUUUCUGUAUGAAUGAAAUAGACGAGGCCGUUCCCCAGCUGAAGUUCUAUGAAGAGAUUAAAGAAUAUGAGAAGUUGGACUCUGAGGAGGAGAGACUAAGUCGCAGUCGGCAGAUAUAUGAUGGCUACAUAAUGAAGGAGCUCCUGUCAUGUUCACAUCCUUUCUCUAAGAAAGCAGUGGAUCAUGUCCAGUCUCACCUGGCUAAGAAACAGGUGCCCCCAGCCCUCUUUCAGCCAUACAUUGUUGAAAUCUGUGACAGCCUGCGAGGAAAGAUCUUUCAGAAGUUCAUAGAAAGUGACAAAUUUACUCGUUUCUGCCAGUGGAAGAAUGUAGAGCUAAAUAUCCAUUUAACAAUGAACGAUUUUAGUGUUCAUCGGAUCAUUGGUAGAGGUGGCUUUGGAGAGGUGUAUGGCUGCAGGAAGGCAGACACAGGAAAAAUGUAUGCCAUGAAGUGUUUGGAUAAGAAGCGAAUUAAGAUGAAGCAGGGUGAAACCCUGGCACUCAAUGAGAGAAUCAUGCUGUCUUUGGUCAGCACAGGGGACUGUCCAUUUAUUGUGUGUAUGACGUAUGCUUUCCAUACCCCUGAUAAGCUGUGUUUCAUCCUGGACUUAAUGAAUGGUGGCGAUCUCCACUAUCAUCUUUCUCAACAUGGAGUAUUUAGUGAGAAGGAAAUGCGCUUCUAUGCAGCAGAAAUUAUCCUGGGUUUGGAGCACAUGCACAAUCGUUUUGUUGUCUACCGAGACCUUAAGCCUGCCAACAUCCUCUUAGAUGAGCAUGGCCAUGUCCGCAUCUCUGACUUGGGCUUGGCCUGUGAUUUCUCUAAGAAGAAACCCCAUGCCAGUGUGGGCACCCAUGGCUAUAUGGCACCAGAGGUUCUGCAAAAAGGGACAGCAUAUGAUAGCAGCGCUGACUGGUUUUCACUGGGCUGCAUGCUGUUUAAACUUCUGCGAGGGCACAGUCCAUUCCGGCAACACAAGACCAAAGAUAAACAUGAGAUUGACCGCAUGACACUUACUAUGAAUGUAGAGUUGCCAGACUCCUUCUCGUCUGAACUCAAGGCUCUGCUGGAAGGACUGCUACAAAGAGAUGUGGCUAAGAGGUUGGGCUGCCAGGGUCGGGGGGCUUCAGAAGUGAAGGAACAUCUGUUCUUCAAAGGAAUCGACUGGCAACAGGUCUAUCUCCAGAAGUAUUCUCCGCCACUGAUUCCUCCUCGUGGAGAAGUGAAUGCUGCUGACGCCUUCGACAUUGGCUCUUUUGAUGAGGAGGACACCAAAGGCAUAAAGCUGCUGGACAGUGAUCAGGAGCUGUAUAAAAACUUUCCCCUGGUGAUCUCAGAGCGCUGGCAGCAGGAGGUGGCCGAGACAGUGUAUGAGGCAGUCAACAGUGACACAGAUAAGAACGAGGCACGCAAGCGAGCCAAGAACAAGCAGCAAGGCCACGAGGAGGACUAUGCGCUGGGCAAGGACUGCAUCAUGCAUGGCUACAUGCUGAAGCUUGGAAACCCAUUCCUGACUCAGUGGCAGCGCCGAUACUUCUACCUGUUUCCUAACCGUGUAGAAUGGAGAGGAGAGGGCGAGUCUAGGCAAAACCUGUUAACAAUGGAGCAGAUAGUGAAUGUUGAGGAGACACAGAUCAAGGACAAGAAAUGCAUCCUGCUGAGGAUCAAAGGAGGCAAACAGUUUGUCCUGCAGUGUGAGAGUGACCCAGAGUUUGUACAAUGGAAGAAGGAGCUGAACGAAGCAUUCACAGAGGCUCAGAAGCUGCUGCGUCGUGCUCCCAAAGUAAUCGGCAAGAGCCGUGCCGGCAUGGUGGAACUGGCCAAACCACCACUCACACACCGCAACAGCAACGGCCUGUGAGCCACUGUUGUCUUUUGCCCCAACCCUUCCUCAUAAUCAUGCAUCCUUUUACACUUGCAGACAAUGCACCACCUGUUUCAGCUUACCCUCCAUCUUCGCCACAACCAAUGCAGCAUCUAAAUGUCUAAAUGACAGUCCUCCACAUGGCCUGUCUGGAGUUCUACUUGACCAUAACUCUUGUUUCGUCUGUCUAGCACACGCACACUCACCCACUUACAGAUUGAUGCACUGGGGCAGUUGCCAUUCCUGGACAACAGUGAAGGACCAAUGUUAAUGUCAGUGCUGAAUGAAGACAUUUAUAUGGACAAGAAUGAACACAAAUGAGGCAUAUGGUGACAUUGUGUCCUUGCUCUUUUCCCUACCUUUCAUCUCUUUCUCUUUUAAUCUGUGAACUUCCUCCUCCUUACUCAGUGUUUUUUCCCAGGCAGGGCCUGGCAUCAGCUGUCCCCUACCCAAGCACACAUGUACAUAGACUGGAGUGUGGUGCUGUGGGAAGCUGAAUCCUGUGCUCCUGCUGCUCUUCCCUCUACUGUGAAUGUGUUGGUCUCUGUAUGCUCAGGAUGAAGCUCUGUGUGAAGAUGCAGGUAGUGGGCCACAUGGGUCCAUGCAUGCAAAGAUAGUGGGCUGCAUGCUGUUCUAAGUCAGCAUUGAUGCCGCCACAGUGGAGGCGGGUAGAAUGUCUUUCUGUCCUAACUUCUACAGCUCGUUAUGAAUCAAAUGAAAUUAUGACAGUGCUGAGGUCUAGUCUGAUGUAAUGUCUUACAAACUAGAUUUUAGGACAUUGCCUCUAUUGUUAUACCUUUUUGUAAUAGCCAGGGCCACUUUGAUUGGCUCAUUUCUUGAAAUACAUUAUGGCUGACUUAUAGCAUAACUAGAUGUUGGAGGGCAGGGUUGCCUAACUGCAGUCCUGGAUAACCAUUGUCCAGCAUAUUUUCCCUGCUCAAAGACACCUCUUGCAACUCACCAGUUUAUGAAGAGGGUUAGGAGGGUUAAAAAAAAAAAAAAAUUAUAAAAAAAAAAAAAAAUUUAAAAUCUGCUUGAUUCCAGCUCGUAAAGACUGCAGCUGGAUGCCCCUGCCUUUAAGAUUCUGUUUUCUUUUAAAUGCAUACUGAUUGGUGGACUGUGGUUGGUGGCCUGUUGGACUCCACCCACUCCACCUCCCUUCUCUCUACUCAAAGCAGUUUGUCAACAAUUCCAUUAUGAUGUUCUGCACUGAGGAAAUUGUCAGUGAUCAAGGAUGCACUCUUUCGUGAGAUAAGAGUUCUAAUUAAAUGAGUGUGAAAUUUGGUAUUCAGCCCUUUGAGGGAUCAGAAUCAAUUUAUGUUGCUGAGUGAGCACUUGCAUGCAGCAGUGUGUAUUUUAUGUGUGCAUGUAUGUGUGUUUGGUCACUUGAUUGUGACAGGGCCUAAAAAAUGUGGCCAGUGAAAGCAUCAGUACACGUCAUUCCCUUCGUCGUGCUAUUGUGUGCCUCAAGAGGGAGAUAUUUCACUGGUUCAUAAUGGAAGUGAGAUGCCACACUCUUUUCCCAUGCUGCCUCAAGCCCACUGCACCUUCUCCAAACCCUGAACCCCAUCCCUGCUUACUGAAGUGCAAAAAGUGCCAACACAGAGAGGAUUCUUCAAGCCAAGUCUGUUUGACUUCAGUGUGACUCCAGUGUAAAUGAUGGGGAAAGAACCAAAACAAACUGCAUUUUCCCUGUUUCACUUGUCCACCUUCUCCAGGAAUGCUCUGAUAGACAAAAAUGUGCAACACGGUGAAAAGACAGAUUGGAAAUGUAAGGAGCAUUGCACAGUCCUGAUCUGACUCUAUAUGUAAGAACCAGUCCUUUUCCUGUGCAUCUACAGUAUACUCUUCUUGAAAGAUGUUUGCAUAUAUGGGGGAUUAUUCAGUCUGCCUGUCUGUGUUUCUGUUCCUUUGUCUUCGCUUUGGGGAAAGGGUGAGUUGAGUUUGAUGGCUUUCCAAUUGUUCAUGCAUACCUCAAGAUGAGGUGCAAGUGAGGAAAGCUGAAUGAAAGCAGAAUGGCUUCUCUCAUAGUGAGGUACACGGUUCUCAUCUGGGUCACACCCUGCAUGUGUCAGUGUUGCCAUCAUCCAUCUGCAGGUAGACAGACUGUUAACAUCAGCAGUGCACAUACGUGUUAAUAUCCUACCCAAAGUGAGGAAAUUCACAAAGGUUAAAGGUGAGCUACAGGGACAGUUGGGGGGAGAAACAAACUUAAACCAUUUGUUGUAAUGCUUGAUUUCAGUAUAGUUUUAAUUUUUUUAUAUUGUUUUGAAUGUGACAAAAUGCAAAUUUCUAAUAGAAUUUGUGAAAGAUGUGCAUUUUUGACUGGCAGAAAAGAGCACAUCCAAAAGGCAGUUUUGAAAAGUGAAUUUAGCUUUUUUGUUUGUUUGUAUAUUUCAGGUUUUCCAUGCAAUAGCUUUUUUAAGUGGUUCUUGUCCAUGUUUUUUAAAAGGAGACUUUGAUUUGCAUGUGACCCUGAGUUUUGCAAGUCUUUGCUUUUAAGUGUCAAGGAGGUGCCAUCCUAGAGGAAGAUUGACUUUUUGAGGGUCUUGUUUGAAAAACCAAAAUAGUUUGAACAUUUGAGUUAAAUCAUCAAAUCAACUAUCUGACAAAAAUGUGCCAAAAGACUGUAGGUAAUUGUCCCGAAUCAGAACUUUUUUUGCUGUGCAGCCUGCAAUGAGAGCAAUUCACCAUUUACAUUCCCUUCAGGCCAAAAUUGGUACGUUUUACAGGUGAAUAAACAUGAGUUUGAGGAAAGGUACAAAAGUGUGACCAAAUUUAGGUGGUCCAGUGGGAAGAGACUCGGAUGUCACGAACACACUGAAAAGUGGCUAUCCACCAAGCGACCAGCCAUCACUGGCACCUGUCAAGAAAGGCAUUUUUACUCACCCAGUUCUCAAAGAUGAAGCACCUCCACCAAUCCUGAAUAUUCAUGUUUUAUUCAGGUGUUUUUGUAUUUUAUUUUUAUUUUAGCUUUUUACUCACUAUGUUGUUGAUUGCCUCAUUCAAAUGCUUGUGUGUCUGUUUUGUAGGGGUAAGUUUGUCUGGCAAAAGCAGGUAUCAAAAUGGCAGGUAACAAAAGACAACAAAUAGGAAAAAUUAAAGUAAAAAUAUAUAUGUAUAUGAAAUGACAAAUGAUUUAGGUUUAUUUAAAGGGUAAAUAUUGAAAGAAAAACCUGGGAUGGGAUUGGGUUAAAUGUGAGUUUCAAAUAUUUGUGGUGAAGAAUCAGCUCAGAUCUUGCACAUAAAUUUAGAUAGUGUAUCUACAGAUUAUUAUUUUUGUCUGUUUAUUGCAAGAUUCUCUUGGUUUCUUUCAUAUUUAUUGUCUGGCUGGGGAGCUAAUCCCUCUGUGCUAACUAUACAUGUACGUGGGUUUUGCUAGAGCACGGAGCUGUAGAAGGUUCUGGUUUACAGUUACCACAAACUUUUUUUUUUGUGCCACAAGCAAGCGCAAGUACUACUGUAUAGGUUAUUACCAAUAAAAUUAAGGCAGUUAUUAUUAUUGUUGAAGAUAACCAGUAAUUAUUUUUCCCCCAGAGAAGGUAGAAACAUGUGUUGGACUGCCAAUUAAAAGUUCAGAAAUAAAAGCCCUUUUUUCGUGUU